UUAUUUAUUUAUUUAUUUAUUUAAGAUUUAUUUAUUUAUCCACUCAGAGCGAGAGAGAGGCAGAGACACAAGCAGAGGGAGAAACAGGCUCCAUGCAGGAAGCCCGAUGUGGGACUCGAUCCCGGGUCUCCAGGAUCACACCGCGGGCUGCAGGCGGUGCCAAACCGCUGCGCCACCGGGGCUGCCCUAUUUUUUUUAAUUUUUUUUUUAUGAAGGGGUCUGUAGGACAUUUUUUCUCCGGGCUUUAUUCAGAAUUUAAAAAAAAAAAUCAAUAGGAGGGAACGUUUAAGUUCCCCAGGUUACCAUUAACACAUUAGGACUACAUGUUUAGUUCAUAGCUAUGAAAAUAAUAAGAUCCCAAAUAUUUUAAGAUCGCUGAAUGCUUACUAAGAAACGUGCCGAGGUGGAUCACUUGGUGCUUGGAACAUACACAGAGUUAUUUAGUGCCUAGGCCAACUCUGCGAUUGAAGCCACAGUUAAUUAUUUUAGCUCGAGUUCCAGCACUAGGACCAAAGUUAGAGGAAUUCACUUCCUAGACUUCAAGGCUCGUCUUUCCCUAAGCCACCCUCUGGCCUGGCAUACACCUUUUCCGUUUCAGCCCGUAGUGUACCCAGUGCACCCUCCUCACCAGGCCCUUAAACUUCAGGCCACAGUCUUCCAAACUUGAUGGUGCUUCAGGGACCUUAAAUGCAGUCUCUGCCCCCAGGUCUCCUCUUCCUUCCUUACCAUUUCCAGUCCCCGUCUUUCAUUCCUGUAGCCGGCACUGGAUCUGCAGCUAGAUGUUAAGAGGAAAACAGUCUGGUGGAACUAAUUCACCUUAAUCUGUAAAUGACUCAUGAGCUGACUCUUCCCCAGUUCUUUCACAUUUUGUGUAAGUCUGUAAGACGCUGCUGUUAAUUUAGACAGUUCUAAAGUAAAAAUUUCAGGCUGUGUUGGGAGGAAGGAAUUUAUAGUCCUUUGCAUACAAAAGAAGUCCCAUCUUACUGGGGUCCUGCCCUUGUUUCUCCUCACUCUGAGGAGUCUCCACUCCUUGCGUUGCCACAGACCUCAUACAAGUGUGCACGUGCUGGGAGUGUGUUUCCUACCCCAGAAUAGGAAGAUUCAAGAGUAGUGAUUACGAGUCCACUUGAUAUUUGUUAUUUGAGGAUAACUUACGUUGCAUUUUAAUUUACAGAGUCAAAGAGGGAAAAGACCUAGAAUCUUUCAUGACCUUUUGAAAUGAUGGUGUUGGGACUGGACUAACACAGGAAGUACUUAUUAAUUCCGGUGUUGGGAACACAUCCUUAGAUCUCUUGGAAAAAUAGCUAUGUUAUGGGAAUCCAAAGACAGCCUUAUAAGAAAGAAGAAUAUUGAGGGUGAGAGAAGGUAAAAAAUUAUAGGGAAAGCAGUAAUACUUAACCUACGUGAUAGGUCAUUGGGCACCAGUGUACGCAGAGAGCAUAAUGUGGAAUGUGAAGAGGCUGCUAAUCAGAUUCUUUCUCAAAUGUUGGGUUUCAUUCAACAGGAGCCUUUAUAGAGAUGUCACUGUACAUUCAACACUUGGCUAGAAGUAAGGGGUAAAAGCUGAAAUGAGACCCAGUUCCUCCCCUCAGGGAGCUUAUGACAUGUUGUGCAGAGCCCGGUGAAGUUGCUUCUUUAUUCCAUGGCUCCUCACGUAUGACACUUAGCAUAGCGUUUAUCACAGUGUUUGUCUGCCUAUUUGUCUUCUUUCACCCUCACAACUCAUUCUGCAUGAAGGGUCCUCUUUCCUCCAGAUCCCCAGGACUGGGUUAGUAACUGGCAUAUUUGAACAAGUGGGGGAAGAAUGAGAGAUCAAGUAGUGUAGGGUUCAGAGAAGGAAGAGGACACCUCGCCCAGGGAGUGUGGGCAAGGCUUUGUGGAGAAGGCCCGUGGAGGUGGGCCGGAGGGGGUAUGGCUGGCACAGGGGCAGGGGAGUGGGAGGCACAUUCAAGGAAUGCCCGGUGUAUCUGUUUGGCCUGAGAACAGGGACAUACUAGGGACCAGAGAGAAGGCUGGGUUUGGGACUGGGAUGCCUAUAUGAGUAGUUUGAAUUUCUUUUUCUUUGCAAUGGGGAAAUUUGUAGAGGUGGGUAAAGAGCCACACCUGUACUUUAGGAAGAUAAAGUUGAUACGGUAGUGUGGGAUGAUGUAUCAAAGGCAAGGCAGCUGUUUUCAGAGUCGAAGUAGGGAAAUGUAGAAUUAGGUGCUUUUGAGGCAGAGAAAGAAAAAGGGUGGUGUGGCUUAAGGAGAUGAAGAUUUGAGGAAUGAAGAGGAAAGCACAAAGAUGAAAGAGUAGUGGCGCAACUACAGAAGUAAGAGAGUUGGGAAGAGUGGAUUUGGGAAUCUGGAAGAAGGGAGGAAAAUGGAUGCUUGAUUUUGGACCUAGAAAAUUCGAGAUUUUUGACAAUCUCCAGGUGGUAGUUGAAAUGAAAAAUUAACAGAAAAAUGAUUUGUGCUGAUGGUUCUCAAACUGGUCAGUUUUGAAGAUCAUUUUUUUAAAUUAAAAAAUUACAAAUGUUCAUUGAUAAUUUUACUUUAGUGUUGAUCGAGAAUAGUAUACUGUAAUGACAACAGCUACUAUGAAUUGGGAUGCCCUUUUAAAGAGUUUAUAUUUUAUUAAAUCACUAGGUGUUUAUUUACGUUCAUUUGCAAAGUAGACCUGUGUGAGAGGCAUGUUUCUUACUUACCAGCCAGUGCGUGCUGUGCAUCUGCCAGUCACUGUGGCCUCCAGUCCAAGCUACAGACAGCAGUUUGGAGGUCAGUCUGCUGCUAUAUGUGAUCGUUGGGAGUGGUAUGGAAACCUGGGAGUGGUUGAGAUCAUCAAAGGAGAAAAUGGAAAGACAACAGAAAAGAGAUUUAAUAUGAAAGUUUAGAAAGCUUAGGGAAGUCAGGGAAGAGAGCAUAAUAUGCCAUUAUCCAAGUCCAGUAGUGAGCACUUCAGGGAGUUAGGGCAAGCUGCAGAGACAUUAGAGGGAGAGGUCAGCGAUAACUCAGUAGGUACUCGAGAGUUUUGAUAGAGUCAUGGGCUCUAAGAAAGAAGCUUCUUGGAAUGGAUUGAGGCAGGGUUAAGGGAUGCUGCUGCUUUCCCCUAGUGACUAGUAAAGGCCUUCUGUCCCGCACUGAAUCCCCACAUUACCAACUUGAAGAAUGUCAAAGUUUUGCUUUUCAUAGCCACACUGAGUGUUUCAUUGUGGUUCAAGGACAAAAUAAGAGUUGAUUAGUCAAGUUUUCUGGUCCAAGCUAACCCCUUAUUUCAUUUAGCGUGGUUUGAAUCUGGCAGAUGAUUGAUCCUCCCUUGUGAGGAGGCAAAGCAAGUUUUGUUUUGCUUUAUUUUUAAGGUUCUGGAACAAUCAUUACCAUUUAAAAUAGAUUAAUGAAUAACAAAUGACAACAAAUGGCCUUAAACGAAUCCAUUGUUGUUUAAUUCCCCAUCCUCUGGAACUGACCGGGCUGAGCAAGGUUUAAGCUAGUGCGAGUGGAGAUUGCUGUGUAUAGGCAGCAGGCCUUUGAUUGGAUUUUGAAGGCAGUAAAAAUUAGUAACUAGUUUCUCUUAACUGUGAAAUUCACGGAAACGUCAGACUCGGCGUGGUUGUCCCAGCAUCCUGGAAAGGCCAGGUAGCAGUAGUUUUCAGCUGAGUAGAUUUACUAUACUGUUAGCUACCCGUUUAUAGUGUUGUUAGGAUCUCUCUAUUUACUUCACAUUGGAGAGCUACAGCUAGAAGCUUGCUCCUAAUUUGUUUGACCUUCAUGUUGAAGCAUGAAUAGAUACAGCGUUUGUAAAAACAGAAAAUCUCAUAAGAAUUUUCUUUUAAAUCAAAUCAAGUUAAUGUAUGAAGUGGUGGGUGUUUAAAUGAUCACAACAGGCUUUUGUAGGAAACUGAAACAUUCUUCUAAAGCAAAAGCUUAAGGAGAAAACUCCUUUCCCAGCAGUAAGUGUGGGCCCUUUAGAAGCCUCCUGGGACUCCAGCUAGCUCACAUAUUUCUUUCAUCUGGUAUCUUGACUUUGGAAAUGCACACUUGGUCCUAUCAGUCAUUACGGAGAUAGUGUAAUAAUUACUACUUUCUUACUGGUACUGCUUUCUUACCCACUUAGGAACUAGGCAACUUUCCUUUCUGGGUAAAGAUGAGAAAGGAUAAAAAUAUGAAAUGAAUAUUUUCUAAAACUAUUGACUGUGUUAGAAGAGUAAACUUAAGUUUGGGUCUUCAGUUCUCCUUAAGUUUCCUUUUAUGUUUGUCUAACAGAUUUUUUUCUAAUUGCUAAUCAAAAAGCUUCAAAAGCUAUUCCUACAGUCACUUUCUCACGUAGUCUUCUAUUCCAUAAUUUUGGGGAGCACAGAUAUCUGAUAUCUGCAGGUUUAUAGCCCUCUUAAAACGAUUGUGUGUGCAAUGUGUGGUUUUGUGUGUGUGUGUGUGUGUAUAUAUAUAUAUAUUUUUAAUUCUUGAGUUGAAAGUGUUUGAAGCUGUUGUAUUAGGUGUGUGAUGGGAAAGAAAGUUUCCUUUCUUCUCCCUCAGACACUUUCUAGAAGUACUUUUACUUGGUAUAAUGCAGUUCAUUUAACUUUUUUUUUUAUUUAUUUAUGAUAGUCACAGAGAGAGAGAGAGAGAGAGAGGCAGAGACACAGGCAGAGGGAGAAGCAGGCUCCAUGCACCGGGAGCCCGACGUGGGAUUCGAUCCCGGGACUCCAGGAUCGCGCCCUGGGCCAAAGGCAGGCGCCAAACCGCUGCGCCACCCAGGGAUCCCAAGGAAACCACUUUCAAACUUUUCCUUAGCUUUUAGGAUGGUUGCCUCCAUAUCUCAAAAAUAAUAUGACUAUAUCGUCAUUUUUCUUUUUGAAAUUGUGUGUACUUUUAUCUAAGUUAUAAAUGUAGAGAGUUUUAAUAGCUAGAAGUACUAGCUAGUACUUUAAGUUCUAGAAGUACUUUUACUUGGUAUAAUGCAGUUCAAUACAGACUUUUAAGUUGUGUCUGUAAUUCCCAAGAGCUGUGUUUUUGUGGCUUAAUGUCCAGCUGGAUGAUUCACACCCUCCCUGGAGAGUCUCCCUGGAGUGGGAGGACAAGUGGAUCCUCUUGCGGGUGAUUUAGAAGAUGCAAGAAUGUUUUUAUCCAGAGGGGUAAAGUGGCAUGAACCUGAAGGUAGACUUAAGGAAUCUGAAUGAUUACAAAACAUGUAGGAGUUUGUGGUGCCCAGAAGGUAUACUAAAUAGGAAUCUUCUAGUGGAGUUUGCCAAACUUGCCAAAUCAUGGGAGCCUCCUAAGAUACAACUCAGUGACCUGGGAAGUUGUAUUUUUAUUAGCACUCCAAGUGAUGGUCCUGGAUGUUAGCAGAAAGCUGCUGCUCCCCGGUUCAGUCUUUUUUUGUAUCUUUUGGAAAGUCAUCAAGUCACUAGGCAAUAUGUUUGUAAUAAAAUAUAAAAUAAAAUAAAAAAUAUAAACAUAGAAAUAUAAAAAUAUAAAUAUAAAAAAAUAUAUAUAAUAUAAAAUAAAACAUAAAAUUUGAGGUCACUAGUUGAUCAAAGCAGAUUGUGGGUGACACAGAGAUUCCUGAAGAUGGGGCUUCCCAGAAGUCAGUCCUUAGGGUAGUAGGGAGAUGCAUUCUCCUUGAAUGGGAGGACUGAGACUAGAAUUUUGAUAGCAUUCUGGUUGAUGGCAUAAAGCACAAGUCCCAGAUUUGGGGACCUCCUGGCCUUUAAAGAUAUUCCUAAUAUUGCUCUGUUUGCCUUAUCUCCCAGUUAAGUGUUGCUCUGUACUAUUUUGAAUUGAGAGUGGAGCUCCCAUAUUCCUCCAGUGUGCAUAUUCUUUUACCCUUCUGUCCUUUUCUCCAUAGAGGGCUACAGGGUCCUUUUUAAUGCUGAAGGUACAAGUUGAUUACAACAUGUUUGUUUCUCUAAAAUGGAAGUACUUGGCCAACUCCUCUUUGUAUGUGGGAGGUCUCCAGGCAACUGUGAAUAACUUUUAAAGGCUGCUAAGAGGUCAAGAAGUGCUUUGCCUGUUGUGUCUUUUAAAAGCAGGCUCCUUGGUCUUGAUUGGGCCCUAAAAGUAUGUUUCUUCUUUGACUCUGUCUUGGGCUCUUAAACCCUCCUCUGUCGCAUGCUGUAUCUCUGACCCUUACACACACCAAGAUUCACCUAGAUUCACGUCUGUUACUUUACACCCAGGGCAGAUCUAUUGAAGCACUCUAUCUUACGCCAUUUCCAGGUGCCAUAUAUUUGAAAAAGAAUCCCAUCCUGAUUUUUCCGUAUCCCCAAAGCCCGUAGCCAUUUUCUUAACUUCAUCCCUUACACCUAGUGAUCACCAAAUCUUGUCUUUUAUUUGUUGAAUUUUUCCUUCUUUUUUCUUCCGUUCUUAAAUAGACCACCUCUUACCUCCAGUUCAUGCUGAAAUCCAUUUUCCCCUGCCUGCCAAACUAAUCUUGAUAUUUUUCUUUUUCUAAAAUGGCAAGUACUAUACCAGUCUUGCAGAGCUGCCGCAAGAACGACCAAUCUUCCUUGACUUACAAUUGGGGUUACAUUCCAAUAAACCUGUCAUACGUUAAAAAAAAAAUGUCAGGAGUUGCUGUUAAUGCACCUAACUUCAUAGCUUAGCCUAGCCGGUCUUCAGUGCGCUCAGAACGCUUAGUUAGUUUACGUGUGGGCCAAAUCACUAACACAAGGCCUAUUUUAUAAUAACGUUGUUGAGUAUCCUAUGUAAUUUAUGGAAUACUGUUCUGAAAGUGAAAAACAAUGGUUGGUACAGGGCAGGGUGGUUGUAACCGCAUCGGUGGUUAGCCGCCUGGCCUCCUUGUGGGGCUGACUGGAAGCCGUGGUCACUGCUGCUGCCCGGCCUGACGAGAGAGCCGCGCUCGCCCAGGAAAGGAUCCCCAUUCAAAACGGAAUCCUGUGGCUCCUGUGGCUCUCGCACCAUCAUAAAGUCGAAAAAUAGGGCAGCCCGUCGGGCUCAGCCGUUUAGCACCUGCCUUCGGCCUAGGGCGUGGCCCAGGGAUCCUGGGAUCCAGUCAUGGAGCCUGCUUCUCCCUCUGCCUGUGUCUCUGCCUCUCUCUCUCUCUCUGUGGGUCUCUCAUGAAUAAGUAAAUAAAAUCUUAAAAAAAAAAUAAAUUGAACCUGUAAGUUGGGGACCAUUUGUAGGUGUAAAGUGUUUAUCGGUAUUGUCUGAUGCAAAAGCAGCCUUCCGGGUCGGAUUAUGCUUCACCUGGCCUGUGUGCCGGUGCCCUGGAAGCCGUAACGGAAUAGUCAGAAGUCGGGGCCCUGUGAGCCCUGGUUUGGUGCUUAGGGUCUGCGUAACCAGCCGCGAGCCUGCAGGUCCCGCGCUUCGCCGGGGAUGGCCGCGGCCUUGCCCAGGACGCUGGGGGAGCUGCAGCUCUACCGCAUACUGCAGAGGGCCAACCUGCUCUCGUACUUCGACGCCUUCAUCCAGCAAGGUGGGGAUGACGUGCAGCAGCUGUGCGAGGCCGGGGAGGAGGAGUUCCUGGAGAUCAUGGCGCUCGUGGGCAUGGCCAGCAAGCCGCUGCACGUCCGGAGGCUGCAGAAGGCCCUGCGGGACUGGGUCACCAACCCUGGCCUCUUCAACCAGCCGCUGACGUCGCUGCCCGUGAGCAGCAUCCCCGUGUACAAGGUGCCCGACGGCUCCGCGGCGUGGCUCGGGGUGCCGUGCAGCGGCCUUGACCGGGGCAGCGGCGCGCGCGAGCCCCACGCGCAGGCCCCCAAGUGCGCCGCGGCCACGUGCGUGCAGGGCGCGGGCCCCGGGCGGCCGGCGGCGCCGGGCGGCCUCGUGCUGCCGGCCGUGGGCGAGCCGCGGCUGUGGACGGGCCCGCGCGGCCCCGACAGCGAGCCCAGCCUGUCCCCCGGCGACCUGGGCUCCCCCGCGUCCCCGAGGGAGGGCGGCGAGGCGCUGGACGCGGCCGCCGCGCUCUCUGUGGCCGAGUGCGUGGAGCGCCUGGCCGCCACGCUGCCCCGCAGCGACCUGGGCGAGGUGCGGGAGCUGCUCAGGAGCAACAAGAAGCUGGCCAAGAUGGUCGGCCACAUCUUCGACAUGAGCGCCGACGACCCGCACAAGGAGGAGGAGAUCCGCAAGUACAGCGCCAUCUACGGCCGCUUCGACUCCAAGCGGAAGGACGGGAAGCACCUGACGCUGCACGAGCUCACUGUUAAUGAAGCGGCUGCUCAGCUCUGUGUGAAGGAUAAUGCCCUGCUGACAAGAAGAGAUGAACUGUUUGCCCUGGCGAGGCAGAUUUCUCGAGAAGUCACCUACAAAUAUACCUACAGAACCACCAAGUCAAAAUGUGGAGAAAGAGAUGAAUUGUCCCCAAAAAGAAUUAAAGUGGAGGAUGGAUUUCCAGAUUUCCAGGACUCUAUGCAAACACUCUUCCAGCAAGCUAAAGCUAAGAGUGAAGAACUCGCUGCUCUUGGUUCACAGCAGCCUGAAAAGGUGAUGGCAAAGCAGAUGGAGUUCCUUUGCACCCCAGCUGGCUAUGAGAGACUGCAGCAUGCUGAGAGAAGACUCUCUGCAGGACUUUACAGGCAAACCUCAGAAGAGCACAGCCCUAAUGGCGUGACUUCUGAUAAUUCUGAUGGACAAGGAGAAAGACCUUUGAAUCUCCGAAUGCCUAAUUUACAGAACAGACAACCGCAUCAUUUUGUGGUGGAUGGAGAGCUGAGUAGACUUUACUCCAGUGAGGCAAAGUCCCAGUCAGAGAGUCUUGGGAUUUUAAAAGACUACCCUCACUCAGCUUUUACUUUAGAAAAAAAAGUCAUCAAAACAGAGCCUGAAGAUUCAAGAUAGCUGUGAUUCUCCCACUAUUCUCUGGAAACGGCAUUCGAUUUAAGGAUAAUGCUCCAUCAUAGACAUAAGCCUUAAUAACCAACGUUGCCUCAUUCAGCUCAAACAGAUUCAUAGCCAAAGCAUAAGGACUGAUACGGUAGUCUGCGGAAACCAGGAAGACAAAACAACAGCCACAAAAGAGAAAAUUGAGAGAAUGUUGCAGUCUGUAACAGAAAUAUUGAUCCAUUCACAUUCCUGUGUAAGUCGUUUUAUGUAGAAAAGCUUACAAAUUAAUAUUGUAAGCAUUCAUUAUUUAAGAAUGUACAAUGUAUUUGUCUAAUUUAUAGAAGUAAAAUCUAGAUGUGGAGGCCUUUUGGUCCAAUAAAGGUGGAAACAGUUUAUUUUACUUGAAAUUUCACUGUCUACUUUUAAGUGUGUUUAGCAUAAAUAUUAUUAUAUGUUAGUUUAGAAUCUUUGCAGUCAUAAAGAAAGUUUAAGUGAUGUAGUUAUUGGCAGGGUUGCAGUGACUUUGGAAAAAUGGAAAGCAAAUGCUCAAUUUAAACCAAGGAAAAUAUAUUGUGGAUUUAAUAUUUGAUAAAACUGAUUUUGUUUAACGGGAAAUGUGUCAUUUUUAGUCGUAAAAUGUCACUUUUGCUGGCUUAGUCAGGCACAUUUAUGCAAUUAAUAAAUACUAAAGUAAAGUUAAAAAGAUGAGCAAUAGAGUAGAAAUCUCUUUUACUUAGUUGACUCAGAAUGCUUAUAUCAUUAUAUCAUAAAAAUAGGAAGCUACUACUUGGACAGAGAACUUGAAACAACUGAACUGAUGUGCAAAAGCCGUGACUUAAAUAUUGCUAUUUAAGACGGUGUUGAAUGGAUUAAGACAUAUGUAAGUUAACCCCAAAUGUGAAAAGGAUGGUGACUGUUAAAAAGGCUCUAAUAAUAUAAUAGAGUGAGAACCAUUUUAUAGGUUGAAAUUCUUCUUUAUGUCCUGGAUGGAGUCAGAGAAAGUCGGGGCUCGCCCAGACCAUACAGGUGUGGACAAUCACUACCCCACAUUUGCAGGCAUAAUUCUGAGGAGGUUUAGUUGACACCUGGAUUCGUUAUUUAUUUCACAGCCUUGUAUGCCUUUCAUAUAUGUGUAUGCAGUUUUUUCUUAAGAUCCAUUUUAGCUUGAAAGUAUGUUUUCAUCCCUUCCCCCUAUUUAAUUAAUAGGCUGUGUGCAUAUUUGGGGGUGUGUGUGUGACUAAAUGUUAAUAAUGUCCUUGCAUACUUAUGAGAAUUACACAUUGGAAUCCAUGGUUUAAAAAAAAAAUACUAUUUCUGCCAAUUUACAUUUUUUCUUUUGGUUUAAGAGAAGAUAUUUGACAGCUUACCUACUUCCUCCAGAUUCAUCUAAACCCAGGUAUUGCUGAGAACAGCAUACUGAACUGGAAUAUGUGGUUUUUUGGUUUUUAGUUAUGCUCUAGGUCAUAACUGCAUAAAAAAAAAUUAAGUCAUAAUCUGUUAUACUAAAAUUCAUCAGCCACAUGUUAGAUGAAAUGUCUGGACUGUAGUCUCUGAUCACUGUCACAUAUAUAAUUGCUUUUUCAUUUUGAUUUGUAGACUAGCUUUACGAUAGAAACACCAGUAAACAACUUUUAUACUAUUGAAAGGCUCUUUUUCCUACCUAAAUGUUUUAAUUGUACCAUAGUGUUUUGCCCCCUGAAGAAGCUUUUUAUGGACCUUGCAACUUUGUUGCUAGCUUGAGGUUGAUUAUUGUGGUUGUAUUGUUCACUGUGUGUAGAAAUAGUAUGAGUACAAUUUAAAUAGAUUGUUCAGUUUUUAAUAUUAGCCAUAGAACUGGUUAGUAUCUCAGUAGUUUCAUGAAACGUUUCCUGUAUUCUAAUCUAUUUUGAGAAAUUUUGUGGGUUUUUUUUUAAUUGUGUCUUACAGUUCAAGUUUGUAGAUUUUAAUAAGCAACAAUUUUUAAAGAUGCGGUAAUCUUCCAGUUAAUAUUUAUCUGUCUUUCAUGGACCCACACACUGCAUCUGCAUCUUUAAAUCCAUAAAUAAGUUUCCUUAAGUAUCAUACUUUCCUGGUCUUUCAAGCGUAAUGAUAAGGGGGAAGCACAAGAAAAAUUUCAGUAGAAUACAGUUUUUAUUUUGUAAACACUAAUGUAUUAAAUUUGCUAUACAUUGAAGCAAAUAAUAUAUAUUUUUAUUUGAAUUGUAUAUAUGAAUUGGAUGUUAUAACUAGUUGAUUUUUUUCAUUGUGUUGGAGGUAUUUUCACUGAACAAGGUCAAUUGGUUACCUCAGUAUUACAGCCAAUAUAGUCCAAGGGACCAUAUCUCCCCAAGUCUGUGUUGUACUUUACUAUGUGAAGUCUGCGUUUCUGUGACUCUUAAAUCUGUUGGUGAGGUGGGACGAGUGCACUUGCUUCCUGUGGCAAUAAAGAUUUUCUGUGCCUCACA